UUGUNGCAGCGUCUGAAUCGUUGAUGUGUCCCUUUUCCGUUGUUGGCGUUUGUUGCUCGCAGAAACGGGAAAUGAACCCUUAUCAUUUCCACAUCGAGAUUGCGGAGAAAACUGCGGAGCAACUCGCAACGAAUGCCGAACUACUGAAAGACUGCCAUGCCAUCCUCGUUCCAUUCGCGGCCAAGUUCAUGGAGGACGAGAGGUUGCUCAGUCUUAACAAGCACGUCAAGAGCAUGGGCUUGGGCACCUACCUUGUUCAGGAGCACGGCAAGAGCCAGUACGGCAACAGGGUGACAAUCGUGCUGCCGGACACGGAAGGGAAGGGUGGCCGCGUCGAGUGCACCUGCAGAGUCCCUACCAGGUUCCACCUCCUGUGCCAGGACGCCCUCGCGGUGUUGAAAUCAAUCGACAGGCUUGACUGCACGAGGGCGCUUAUUGACAGCGGGUACACCCUGGCUUCCUACAGGGUGCUCCACACCCACCCCGACUAUCCCGUCGUACUUCCGAUCUGGUCAGAGCUUUCCAAGGGCGACCUCCUGCCCCCGCGGCAGGUGACCCGGCAAGCUGGUGCUCCGAAGAAGAACCGUGGCCCCCGGCAGCGUUCCCGAUUCCCUGGUCGCAACGACAACUGCCAGCGCGGACGCGGCAACGUAGCCCAAGAUGGAGGUGGUCGUGGCGGCGGGCCUGCCGCCGGGGGAGGGGGUGGUCGUGGCGGGGGCGGCAACUCUCGGCCCGUCCCGGUACAUGGGAUGGGCAGUGUUCGCAGCCACGUGGGAGACCUCAACGUCGGAGGUUCCGCGGGCGAGCGACCUACCGGGAGGUUGUGGGGGGGGCUCGCGGUUCAGCGCUACGGCUCGCAAGACGCUUCCGGCAACGACCACGCAGCGGGGGCGGGGGCCGGGUCAUGCGCUAUGCUGAGUCAAUCCCAAGGCUCCAUCGACCUGUCGUAGCUCAAGUGGUUCGACUCGUAGCUCAAGUGGUUUGACUCGUCUUAGGGUUAGGUAACUUGGGCCUUUGAAUUUCUUCGUCGCACGUUGUCGGAGUCAAAUACGACGCUGUGGUCCGUGAAUGGCAGGGAGCAAGUGGUCGAAUGUGUGUGCAGCUUUGCGUAAAACUCCCGCGACGGCGGGGCGCGUGUUGUAGCGCCUAAUUUCGCGUGCCAGUUUCCAAAUACUAUGCACAACAGACAGAGAUGAACAGCGGAAUUCGACAACCACGCACGCACAUGACUUCGACUUGGGUUGAUUAAUGGGUAGAACCGUCGAGCCCCAAGAGGAAGUUAUCGUCAGCCUUAACGUCAGCCAUGCGCACCCACGUGCAAACUGCUUCUCACGAUAAUCGCGACAAAGAGCGUUUGCGGAAGUGGCCCUUCACCCCAACAGACAAAUUCGCAACCGAAUAACUAAUCCACACCGUGAACGCCCGUUACCCAAACGUGUUCUUGUCAACGGGGGAGAAGGGGACAGUGCGUCGUGUAGAAACACAGAACGCAAGUGUUGGACGCGCCCCCAGACAUAGUUGCCGGUCCACGUCUCCACCGAUUAGUGGUGAUGUACGCAGCGAAAAUAAAUUGGGCCAUAACCUUAACGUUUUGAACGCCAUGCGUUUACUGUGUUCUACUGCUGCACGAUGGCAACACUACGUGCGAAGAGUCUACUACAGUACCACACCGCCACAGAAAGGUGUGUUUGGUGUUACCUCGGCAAGCAAACAUGCAUCUGCAGCAUUUAACUCUGUUUGGGUCGUUGUGCACAUUUCGAUGGCUUUUGAUGCGUGCGUGCACACAGAAUGUUGCACCACCUUCUGGCCUCGUGUCGCAGCUUCUACAUGAUUCACUGGGGGGGAGGGUUACGGCUGUCUGCUGCGCAUACAGCGGUGGGCACGUGUACAUAGUCUAUAGUCUAUGUCAUGUACGUCCACCUGUCGGAAGUACCUUAGAACAGUAGGUUGGGUUCAACCGAUGCAACACAUGAUAACAUAGAUAUGAUACAGGAUUGUUAUGGUGGUGGAGUUGAGUGAGGCUUGAGCCCCGAGUGCGUGGGUUUUGCGAACACAAAAACCAUAACACCUACUGCAUCAUCAAAACAAUGGCCCGCAAAACAAUUGCUUGCGUAGAACAUGGUCUCACAAGGUCAUCAACAGUCCAUAGACUAUAGUGAUCUGAUGUUGACUACUGUGUGUGCUUAUUGGAGGAGAGAAUGCGCACACAACACUACACGAGUAACGUUGGGCGCCGCCACUCCCUCCUGCCUGUGCCGUGUGUGCGUGUGUGUGUUGUCUGUUGUGUCUCAAUUGCGAUGUGGUUGUUGCUUGACUACUGCUGUAGCAGCAGCGGUCGCUCUUACUAGCCAACCAAGCCGCCCGAUCAAUCAAUCAAUGUAGUUGGAAGACGUCAGGCUUCUUCAGCGGAUGAGCCGAUGAAUUAUAACACCGCGAGCACGGGCAAGCGACAGGGAGGGUGAUUGAGUUGGACGCCGCUCCUGCGCUGCCGCUCGC